AUCAUGGCAAGGCAGCCCAAGGCGGAGGCGGAGCUGCGCGCCUUGGCGGCGGCCAGGCUGCCGCUGGACGCGCUGGGACGAGUCUUCUCCUUCACCUGGACGCUGCGCGAGGCGCUGGCCGACGAGCUGGCCGAUGUGGUGACGGUGCUGCUGGCCACGCGUGACGGCCCGUGCGCCGCGGGGCUGGUCGACGCCGUCGCCGUUGAGGGCCAGCUGCGCAUGCUGCAGCUGCUGCACCGCUUCGACGCUGAGGGCUUCUCCACCGACGCCAUGGACGGCGCCGCUCGUCGCGGGCGGCUGGACGUGGUGCGCUUCCUGCACGAGCACCGACGCGAGGGCUGCACCAGCAGGGCGCUGGACGGCGCGCUGGACGCUCAGCACGAGGACGUGGUGCGCUUCCUGGUGCAGCACCGGUCGGAGAAGUGGUCGGGUCGCGCCGCGAGCUGGGCGGCGGAGAAUAACGACCUGCAGGCCGUGAGGGACAUCCUCCGUCGCAACCAAGACUCCCCCACGGCGGAGGCAAAGGUCGUGGCCUACCAGCGCCGGCAGACGGAGAUGCUCCGCUUUCUAUAUGAAGAAGGCACGGAUAAGCGACCGUCCUACACGCUGGUGCACGCCUGUGCGGCCGGAGACAUGGAUUCGGUAAGGUACUUGACCGCCAAGGGCGAAGGCUUCGUCAAGAGCGCCAUGUCCGAGGCCAUCGCUGCGGGGGCCUUGGACAUUGUCCAGCAUCUGCACGAGCAUGCGCCGCAGAGAUACACCGAAGCUAGUCGUGCCGUACCCAUGCAGGAGGCGGCGCUUAAGGGACAGCUUGAUGUGGUAGUGUACCUAAAUACGCACGCCCCUGAGCUGUCGUGCACGACCAAGGCGAUGGACAACGCGGCGGCAGGUGGGUUCUUGGACAUUGUAAAGUACCUGCAUGGAAACCGGGAGGAAGGCUGCACCACACAAGCUAUGGAUCGAGCUGCCGCGAAGGGGCAUCUCGAUGUGGUGAAGUUUCUUCAUGAGCACAGACAAGAAGGCUGCACGACAGACGCAAUGGACUACGCGGCGCUGUGGGGCCACGUGGAUGUCGUGCGCUUUCUACACGAGAACCGCGCAGAAGGGUGCACUGCGAGAGCCUUCAACGAAGCCUCUCUGCGUGGGCAUGUGCAGGUGGUCGAUUUCCUCAUCCACAACCGACCGCAAAGCUGCAACGUUGCCCACGGAGUCAAGCUCGCGCGACAACGGAAAUGCCAAGCUGUGCUCGAACUGCUGGAGUCCCAUCGUCCAUAACCCUCUCGCGCGAGUGUGCGUACUGUAUUGAAUCAUUCCUUAUAUUGGGUAAAUGCUUAAUGAUUAGGCGUCUUGAGAAGUG